UAAUUUCACCUCUUUUAUUCCUUUUCUUUUCUUUCUUUUUGGGCCCUUUGUUGCGUUUUCUCCAUUAGAUUCUGCCUCUUCUCUUGACUUUACCUCUGCUGCCUCUUCUUGUUUUUCAUCCAUCUUCGAUUUCUCCUCCUUCCAAAUCGAUCUCUGCACGAACCCAAUUUUUUUUUUUUUGGAAAUAGUCAGCUAUGGCUCUUGGUUCAGGAGGAUCCAGUGUCGUCGUCCCUCGGAAUUUCAGAUUACUUGAGGAACUUGAACGCGGUGAAAAGGGUAUUGGAGAUGGGACUGUGAGCUAUGGGAUGGAUGAUGGAGAUGAUAUCUAUAUGCGUUCCUGGACUGGCACCAUUAUUGGUCCUCACAAUUCCGUUCAUGAAGGUCGCAUUUAUCAGUUGAAGUUAUUCUGUGAUAAAGAUUAUCCAGAGAAGCCACCAAGUGCCCGCUUCCAUUCUCGAAUUAACAUGACGUGUGUCAACCAUGAGACAGGAGUGGUGGAGCCAAAAAAGUUUGCUUUACUUGCAAAUUGGCAGCGAGAGUACACCAUGGAAGACAUACUAGUUCAACUGAAAAAGGAGAUGGCUUCUCCUCACAAUCGCAAGCUAGUUCAGCCCCCCGAAGGCACCUUUUUCUAGCGCAUAACGACAAUAUAUAGGUCUGUUCGGUCAAUCAACUAUGUGCCAAACUUGUGUUGCUGUGUCAUGACAUUGGAAGUUUAAAAUUUACAAGGGAUAUGCCUUUAAUGGCUUCUUGAUCACCUUGUGCUUUCAUCCUUUUAUGAACUUUGCCAGUGUUGUUUGAUUAAUGAGAUUUUAUGGUGUGUCAAGUAUUAAGAGUAAUAGGUUCUUGUGCCGUCUGAA